AUUUUUCAACUUAAAAUAUAUUGCCAUAGUUUACAAUGGCGACGUUUCUUAAUAUUACUUUUCUUAGUAAUAUAAUGUUUGUUCAAACAUAAAAGCAUAAUUAAGGGGGGCUAUGUCACGAGUCACGAUGUCAUACCGCAAAAAUGAACUUCUUCCGACAGUCGUUAAAUCUACUCUUCAUAGCCGAGACGAAACGCGGUAUCAUAGCAGCCACGAAGUAUUUUUGCACAAGAAUUUGGCAGUUUUUAUUUUAUAAAUUACUCGAUAGUCAUCUUUUGAAAGUUGAUCUUAGGUUUCAAAAAGUUUAGCAUAAGGUGAUUGGUAAUCACUUUCGUUUAUCGUGUGUCCAUUAUUUAAGCAGCACGGAAAGAUUCGCAGUUUUGUAAAUUUGCAGUGAGCACUAAAAAUUGGCAAACUAUACAAAUUGACCUAAAAUUAACUAUUCCCUCGUAUAGCUAUUGUAUAGUUCGAUUUAAAAAAAAGUUCACUAAAAAUCGCAACAGCUAUUACAACAAACUGUCUUAGGCAAAUGACAUGUCCAUCACCUUUCAACUAAAAAGACUUUAUUAAUUAAACAAAAAAAGAGGCAAAAAUGUCUAAAGAUUAGGUUGUCUAUCAAUGGCAUAACGAUUUAAUUCUAGCCCUUAAAGCGGAAAAACUCAUUUGUUCACUUCCUACGAGCAAUGGCAGACUCUAAUAUAGAGGGAAACACUACCAGAACAUUCAACGAUGCUAUUAAUGCAUCUCAAGCAAAGUUGGUUGAAAUUUUCGCGGGCUUGAGUAUUUUUCUCGCUAUCGCUUCAUCUGUCGGUAACUUUGUGAUUCUCAGCGCUCUUUAUCGAGUGUCGUCCAUCUAUCCUCCAACAAAACUAUUCUUUCGAUGCCUGGCAGCUACCGACCUCUGUGUUGGCCUUAUAGUGCAGCCACUCUAUACAACGUCUAUCAUGUCUUAUGCAAUGGAGAUGAACGAGAAUGUUUCGUAUUACACUGGUAAGAUCUGUGCGACGUCAAGUACAAUUUUGUGCGGAGUAUCUUUGUUAACAACGACUGUGAUAAGUGUGGACAGACUUCUUGCGCUGUUGUUGGGAUUGAGAUACAGAACUUUUGUAACACUUAGGCGAGCUCGCUUUGUCAUAACCUGUAUUUGGAUUAUGAUGGCUACAAUUGCCAUGAUUGGGUUGUGGAAAGCGGAUGUCUUCAACAAAGUGACCUCAGUCAUGACAGUGCUUUCACUAAUUACUUCGAUGUCCUCUUAUGCAAAAAUUUACCUGACCCUAAGAAAGCAUCAAACUCAAAUACAAAAGGACUCCACCCAUGGACAACCAUACGUAGUAGGAUUUGCAGUGAACAUAGCAAGGUACAGAAAAACAGUGUCCAGCAUUUUGUGGGUGCAGCUAGCGUUACUUGCCUGCUAUGCCCCUUAUGGCAUUGUGGCUGGAAUGAAAAUAAACACUUUAGCGUGCUAUUUGGUUUCGUCCGCUCUAGUCCACUUAAACUCAACUCUGAACCCGAUCCUGUACUGCUGGAAGAUCAGAGAAGUGAGAAAAGCAGUGAAGGAUACGAUCCAACAGCUACACAGUUGUUAAAAAGAACACUGUGGAUCGAUACUUGGUUGAGAUGCAAAAGUUUUGGAGGAGUGUGGUAUAGAAACAGGCCCUAAGUACAAUAAGAGAUUAGACCAUCCUCGCUGCUGCUGGGGAGCAUAGGGCGUGGAUCGUGGAUCUCCAAAGGACUCUGUUUUCGGCUGUUCCUCAAGUGAUGUUAUUUUUGUUUUUUUCGUCUUGGACAGUGCGCUCCUCCAAGACUGCUUUGGACGGCCUCUUUUUCUGGAACCCAGAGGCCGUCGGAUAUUCAGAAUCUUCCGUAAACACUUACUGAUGAAGGUACUUUAGUACAAUAAAACUGCUGUCAAAUAUGACAUUCUACACUCAUGUUGACCCUUGCACAAAUCAACUUCGAGUGGUAACUCAAAUCCUCGAGUCUCAUAACAAAAAAAACACGGAUUGCAAAAACCAAAAAAAUUUAAUUUCCGCUGUAUGUUCUUUUGGAUUGGUUUGAACAUUGCCAAAAAACUUCACAAGGCUUAUUGAUUGCUGCGUUUUCAAGAAAUGACGUUACUUUAAACCCCUUUUCCUCAAGCAGUAUUCAGCCUCUUUCUUUUCGCACAACAAAGAGCGCGCAAAAAGUCAGUAACAGUACAUCAGAAAGAUGAAAGGAAGUGGCUUGAAGUGUCUUCCACCUCCAAUUUUCUAACACAAAAGUACGGUGUUCGUCUUGUGGAUUCAAUACAUCGCAUUCAGGCAAUUGACGGUUACCAUUACGUCCAAGUUAUUCGGACGACGUGCUACUUGGCUCGAGAGCAAUUUAGAUUUGUCAAAAUGCACAAUUCAAACAGGUCUGAAAAUCAGGU